AUGGUAAGUGAAAGUGACUCUACAAAUUUAGAAUCAAACACAGAAAAUAUUGCAUCAUCGUCAUCGACAUACUUAAACGAACAUGACGAGGAGUCCCUGGAUGAGAAUUCUGACGUGAGCUUGGACGAAGAAGAUGAAGAGUUGAUAUGGAGGGUUUUUUUCAGUCAGUUAGAAAAACAUCGGGAAGAUUUUAAACAUCAAAAUGACACUAUCAACGAAAGUCUAGAACUUGAAAACGAAAUACAGCGACAUAAUGAAAACGAAAUUAAGGACGAUGACAUAUCAUUGAGCCCUGAGGAAUUGAAAUUAAUUACUGAUUCAUCAUUAAUCUCACGGUAUAGAGAAUUGAAAACCGUUGAUUUUGACAAAACUUUAUCAGAGGAGGACCAAAAAAGGCUUCUUAUAUCCAAUUUCACCAAUACCCAAAUGGAGAGAUUCGAAGCUUAUAGACGACUGACUAUAAACAAACCAGGGGUCAAAAAAUUAUGUAACGCGAUUAUUGGUCACUCAGCUCCUCAAGUAAUUACAACAGUCGUUGCAGGUGUAGCAAAACUGUUCAUGGGAGAAUUAAUUACAAAGUCUUUUGAAAUUCAAGAAAGGGAUAAUAAAGGUAAACUUUUGAUGGAUAUAGAAAAUAAGAAGUUACAAAAGUCAAAUUAUUUAAAGACCGGGAAGGCAGAUACCAAACAAGUGCCUUUAAACUUCGCAGGAGAUCGAAAGCAACCUUUACAACCAAGUCAUGUAAGAGAAGCUUGGAGACUAUACGAGGCAGAAAGUAGCGGGUUCUUAAAAUAA